CGGUGCAGUCCCUCAACAGUCUGAACGACCAGAUCGCCCACUUCAUGGUGACCGGCCCCCAGGCCUUGGAGCAGGAGGACCUGGCCUUCCUGCCCAGCGAGAAGAACACGCUCCACAAGUCCAUGACCCUCAUGAGGCACCUGCUGGCCGACGCUCAGGCAAAAAUCCUGAGAAUGAUGGACGACAACAAGCAGUUGGCCCAGAGCAUCGACGGGGCCGUGCAGGCGGCCAGCCAGGAGGUGACCAACCUGCGCUCGGAGCUGAGCGCCACCAGCCGCAGACUGGCCGAGCUGGGGGCCGAGAGCCCCGGCUCGCUGGAGAACCACCAGCACAACCACCACGACUCCUCUCUCCACCAGAGGCAGAAGCCGCCAGCCACAGACCUGUGCUACAAGACGGACAUCAGCAGCCUGAUGGACUUCACCUCUCCAGACUCCUCUCUGGACAAAGUUCUCCUGCGCGAGGAGGUGGCCCAGCUGCAGGAGGAGGUGCACCUGUUGCGCCAGAUGAAGGUCAUGCUGAGCAAGGACCUGGAGGAGACCCAGGGAGGCUGCUCGGCCGACGUGCUCUCUGCCACAGAGCUCCGCGUUCAGCUGGCCCAGAAGGAGCAGGAGCUGGACCGCGCCAAGGAGGCGCUGCAGGCGAUGAAGGCGGACCGCAAGCGUCUAAAGGUGGAGAAGGCCGACUUGGUCAACCAGAUGCAGCAGCUGUAUGCCACGCUGGAGAGCAGAGAGGAACAGCUACGAGACUUCAUACGCAACUACGAACAGCACAGAAAAGAGAGCGAGGAUGUGGUGAAGGCCCUGGCCAAGGAGAAGGACCAGCUGGAGAGGGAGAAAUGGGACCUGAGGAGGCAGAGCAAAGAGGCCUCGGAGAACGCCAGCGCUCUGCACUCCCAGCUGGACCUGAAGGAAAACAGGAUCAAGGAGCUGGAGGCCGAGCUGGCUAUGGCCAAACAGUCAUUAGCAACCCUGACCAAGGACGUGCCCAAACGCCACUCUCUGGCCAUGCCCACGGAAACCGUUGUCAACGGCAACAACCAGGAGUGGGUGAUGCAAGCAGACCUGCCUCUCACGGCGGCCAUCAGACAGAGUCAACAGACUCUGUACCACGUCCACACCGGACACCCCACAGACCGGCAGGUGGCGGCGGUGCGUGUGAGCCCGUGCCACUCCCGCCAUCCCUCCAUCAUCUCUGACGCGUCGGCCAUGGAGGCCGACCGCUCCUCCACGCCCAGCGACAUCAACUCCCCCCGCCACCGCACACACUCCCUCUGCAAUUCUCUAGAAGAUCUAGAGGACCAGAAACGUAAGAAGAAGAAAGAGAAGAUGGGACUGGGCUCUCUGUCACGAGUCUUUGCCAGAGGCAAGCAGCGCAAGUCCCUGGACCCUGGGCUGUUUGAUGGUACAUCCACCCCUGACUACUACAUAGAGGAAGAUGCUGACUGGUAGAGAAAGGUGUUGAGACAAACCACCAGUGCCCCCAAGCGGCAAUGCCGAAGAGAGGGUUUAGUUUUAUUGCACGCAUGCGUUCGGACGUAGCUGUAUGUGUGUGUGUGUGUGUGUGUGUGUGCGUGUGCGCGUGCGUACGUAUGUUUGUGUGCGCCUUAGUGUGUACAUGAGUAAACAAGUGUGUGAGUUUUUGUUUGUCCAUGGCCAGAGGCCAUGUUAGAAGCCUGAAGUGCGUCUUGCUUCGCUGAAGUGUAAACAUUACAAGCAAACUGCAUCUUUAUGUCUGUACAGUUCUGUAAAUAGUGUUGACCGUGCACAUCGCCUUGGUCCCUUAAGCGUGGAUAUUUUCACUGUAUCUGCCGAGCAAAAAGAGCUCUGUUAUGAAUUAUUUUAAUUGUCUUUAUAUAUUAGUUUUUUUUUGUUUUAAUUUUUUUCUUCGAUAACUGGAAACUUGAAGGACUGCUGUACCUGUAAAUAACAGUCAGUGUGCACUUUGUGCUUGUAAAUGUCUUAUGUCCCGAAUGCUUCUCGCAUUUUGCCAUUUUUUACCCCUCAUCCCUUUUGUUUUCUUUAACUUAAACUCCCCUGUUCAUUGUCCUGUGCUUGGUCCAUUCCUUACCUGCCACCCAUUUAGAAAAGGUUUUCCUGUAGGCAAUGUGCAGACUUCUCACCUCAAUCUGGUAUCAAUAUAAAACAACCUAUCUGUAACUUCAAAACACGUCCAAUCCACCUCCAAAAUCUGUAAAUCCCAGCAAAAAAUGUUUUGCAAUUCCUAAAUUGUCAGAACACUAAUAUUCUACUUUCAACCUAAACUUCAGAACUCUUUUAAAACUUAUUUUGCUUUGUUUACAACUCUCGCCAGUUUAGGAUAGAUCCGUACAGGUGAGCAAAGCCAUUCCUAACAGGAAAAGACAGCUGUGGAAAUGGACCCAGGUGUCCCCGGUCGCAGCAUGUGUGGAGGGCCAUGCAUGCCGUUACCCCACUCCCUCUGCAUGGUGCCUGUGGGAUCGACCUUUGACCUCUAGAACUUCCUGGCAGAAUUUCUUUAAUGAGAAGACAUGUCCUCCUGCAGUAUUAGUAAUCCAAAGAAUUGAUAGUAUAACACCAUAGAGAGAGAGGGAUUGUGUAUCUUGAGGUGCUUGGCUUGAUUUAUCAAACUGUAUUCAAGAGGAGUCGAGGCAGGUCAGGUAAUAUAAAUGUGAAAGUGAAACAUUUCAUUCAUUUCCUGAAGGACACGUUUCGAAAUUGCGUGGGUUUCUGGAAGGUCAGAGAGAUUAAGUCUGGGGAUUUCAACAGCUUUCAAAGACCACACUGGCUUCACAGUUAUAAUCCUGUUUUAAUUACUCGGAUAAGCAGCUGUAAGAAGGAAAUCAGGAUUAAUUUAUGCCAAACUUUUUAAACAAAAUCAGAAACGAUCCAAGCGUUUCUUCACAGGAAAGUGAUAGCUUUCUUCUGCAGUGUAGUUUUAUCUCCAAGUGAAGACGCUCGUCUUCGUACAAACCAACUGUCAGAGUUGCAUUUCCUCAGUGCACGUGCCCACUCCGGCGCAUUCUGUGUUGAGUCGUACUCUUAUCCUUUCCAAAUAUUAAUUAUUCAGCUCCUAAUGUUUGUGUUUGAAUAUGGCACACGAACCUCUGCUAGUUGUCCAUUAGGGAAAGUGACAGUAGGCUGCAACUUCUAUUACGAGUUAGCAUUCACAUUUAGUCAUUUUUACAUUUAGCAGACGCUCUUAUCCUUGCCCCCAAGGACACAACGUCAUUUUCACGGCCAGGAAUCGAAACGGCAACCUUCGGAUUAAUAGCCCAAUUCCAUAACCGCUCAGCCAUCUGACUCCUACUAGCAUGGCCAUGAGGGAGGUUUAAAGAGGGAGAAGUCAUUCUGAUGAGCAGCUUGCUGGUUUGCCCUAAAUCCAGAUUUAGCAGGGCUAAUCAAACAAACAAACGCACACCUUAUCCCCUGACCUUGAUGUCAAACCAAAAAUCAGGAAAUCAGAAUUUAGGUUCAAGCCAUCGCUGAAAUAAAUGCAAUUAACGAGGUGCCAAAGGUUAAUAGUGUUUUUCCAGGGGAAAAAUAUCUACUUGGAUUACGUUUUUUUCUGUUCUAUCGCCAUAGCCUUAUUGUAGAUGUCUGCCUUGCCUCACAGGAAAUCGUUUUCCAUUACCCUGACACUUAACUAACGUGGUUAAUUGUUCAUCUUACCUAAAGCCGUGUUAAGAGUCACAAGAGCACAAAUUCAAUUGGAAACAUAAUGCUGCUUUUCAAAGGGUCCUCCCCAAAAGCAGAGAGGAUUAUGGGUAGAAACAUCAGAUAGAGACCCCUGCAUAGCACUAGAUAGCUCAUCCUUACAUGGCAAGUCGCUCACAGUUGAUGUCAACAACCAAAGGCUGAUUUGUCACUGUAUUCUUGCCUCUUACAGCCUGUUGUGGUGCCCGAAUAAGAUGAAGCUGACAUAUUGUACUGUAAGCAGAGUGCUUUUGUGAGUUUUGAAAAUGCCAACUCAACUUUUUUUAUUCAGGGGUCUCACCCCAAUUCGCUACAGGAAUAUUUAUUGAUCCUGUCUUGCUGAAAUAUUUCUUAUCAGUCUAUCAUCCAUCAUUUUAUGUUGCAAAGAAGAUCCCCUUCAUAUCUGCAAAUAUUUUUGCUUUUUGUAAAUGAGGUAACACUAUUGAAAUUUUAAUUAUUAUUGAAGAGUUUUAUUUAAAGUAAAAAGAACAGUUCUCCAUGGAGACUCUUUGAGGUUUAGACAUGUGUAGAAGUGACAGAUAGAAAAGACAUUCUAAAGGCAUGGCAAAAUAUGCUAAAGCUAAAUGAGAAAAAAAAAAUGAUUAUUUUAAAAUAAAAUAAUUAACGAAGAAUUACCACACUGCCUUCCUCUCUUCCCUCUGUUUGUGUAUUUGUUGUGGUUUGGCUUUAAUCCUAAAUCCUUCUCGCAUGCUGGGAGCUGCCAUUAUUAAAAAACCUGAAUGACAGCUUCCCCAGCAAACUCAGUCCACCUUUGACUGGCAGUGUUCCAACACUUCCUGGUGGCUUCCUCGCCUCCAUGGCCCAGACUCUCUCUGAAACAAUUGGCUUGAUCAUUACAAUGGCCGUGAAGGAGGAGAUGAGGAAAGGAAGGCAUUUGUUACUGUUGGAACACUGCCCAUUGUGGACACAGUGUCAAUAACACAGCCUAUAACCUUAAUGACUGAUCCUUCCCUGUCUCACCUAAUAUCCCCUGGACUCUGAACACAGUGAAGCAACCCAUGAAAGUGAUUCAAGUAAUACGAUCCUUUGGAUCUUUAAUUCAUGAACAGAUCGGUCAGUCCAUAUUCAGAGCUGUCUUGCUGGGUUUGCUAACUGUGUGCGCAGACUCUUUCUGGUGUCCUGAGGAAUUGCUCGUUUUGAUACCAGCCCUGCUUCAAGUUGACCUUAGUGUAUGGCCUGCUGUUUUACUUUUUUCAAUAACACAAGGUCUUCUUUCAGUGAUGUCAGCAGCCAGUCCAGAGCCAAAGUUCUGAAAUACAUGUAAACAAUCAUGGUGACUGCCUAGCACCACGGGACAGACUUGAUCAGCGGUGUGUGCUCUCAACCGACACACAGAACACAAACAUUCUCCUCCUCACACAAUCUCUGGCCAGUCUCCAAGGCAACGGGUUGCUCUUCAAAUGGCCGCUGGACGGUCAAGGCUGGUGGUUUGAAUGUGUGGUUGUCCUCUUUGGCUGAUGUCCAUGUUCGUUUCACUGAAGCAGCCAUCUGGGCCAUAGUUUGGUCCUGUAGGAAUCGCCGUCUUCUCAGAAAAAGGGUUGACACAUUCUACUCUGUGUAAAUUGACUGCCUAUGGAAAAUUACCAUAUUCUAUUUGAUUCACUCUCUUUGUUAUGGCUGACCCAUGAGUUGGUCAAUGCAAUUCAACUUUUUCAAAUGAUUUUACAUGAACAAAGCACCAAGUAUAAUUUUCCUCUUUUAGCAUAACUACAUGAAUCGCAAUUAGUUUUAGUGCCCUCCGGGUCAGUAAUAUUCUAAUGGAGGUCAGAGUAAAGAACACAGAACAAGAAAGACAGCGAAGACCUAUGGAAACCAUGGUGAACCUGUUCCAUCACCCUAAAACACACUUCGAGAAUCCAAACAUACGUUUGUGCAGACGGAAGCUGCAAGGCUUUUUCUUUCAUGCACCGCGAGAGGUGCAACACAAAUGCACCAUGGAGUGAAGGCCCAAAAUAUACAUUUUUAAUUGAAUGUCCUUCCUCUCAUAAUAAAAAUGACUUUAUUUGUCUUUUAGGUCUAGAUAUUUUAGAGAUGUCUAGAAAUUACAGCUCGACACUGUAAAGAGAAUGAACAAAAGGCACUGAAAUCGGAAGUAAAGGAUUAUCAACACAGUGUCUUAUUCAUACCUGUACAAUCCAAUAACCAAGCUUUUUAAAACUCCUAAAGCUUAACAGUAAGUGUAACAUUGUGAAAAAGAAUUACGGUUAAGUACGGAAUUUUCAAUAAGUAUAAGAUCGCCACCUGGUGGAGAAUAUACUAUCGCCACCGUGUGACAUACACAUUGUCAUGGUGUGUGUAGAAUUUCUCAAAUAAAACAAACACAAUCACAAUUGCCCAUAACGGGGAAAACUGUUGUACGAAAAUGACUGGUGCAGCUUCGGGUUUCAAACUGUAGUUCUGAGAAUCUAAUAUUCCUAGAUCAUACAGUAUAAACUUGUAUAGGCAGUGGGGUGAUUAUAGCUCAAUGGUAAGAGUUUUUGACUGCAUAUGUUUUUAUCUUCAAUCGCAGGAUUGAAUUCCCGCUGUACAUCGCUUUGGCUUAACCCUUGUGUUAUCUUCG